GGGAGGUCCGUGACGUCACUCGGCGCUGCACAGGCUGCAGUGUGAGCGCAGAGUAGACAGGAGGCUGACAAUGACCUCAGACCGGCCAGGCCAGCUGUCACGGUGCUCCAGCUCCCCAGCGCAGCGCUAGCCCUCUAGUCUUCCUUUAUAUCCCAGGCUCGGUGUCCGCUCGCUCAGGCCGCCGCUGUCACUAAGGAGAGGAAGCCCCCCUCUUGGCUCUCCCUAUCAGCCAUGGGGGAUCAUGCGCAGCCCGAGUCGGCCUCUGGCUCUCGGAUGCAGAACGGAUUCCAUCCGCCGGCAGCGAGCUCGGUGCUGAGCAAUGGGGAGAGCAGCCGGAGAGAGUCCGAACCCCUCCAUCAAGGAUCCCCGGCCAAGAAGAGCAGGAUCAGGAGGAGGCUGGACUCGGCCAGGAGGAGCAGACCUCCUUUCCCGUGGUUUGGUAUGGAUAUUGGAGGAACACUGGUAAAACUGGUUUACUUUGAACCCAAAGACAUUACGGCAGAAGAGGAGCAGGAAGAAGUUGAAAACCUUAAAAGUAUACGAAAAUACUUGACAUUAAACACUGCUUAUGGAAAAACUGGAAUUCGAGACGUUCACCUGGAACUGAAAAACUUGACCAUGUGUGGCCGCAAGGGCAAUUUGCACUUUAUACGCUUUCCAACAUGUGCCAUGCACAGGUUCAUUCAGAUGGGAAGUGAAAAGAACUUUUCUAGUUUGCACACUACACUCUGUGCCACCGGAGGAGGAGCUUACAAGUUCGAAGAGGACUUCAGAACGAUAGCGGACCUUCAGCUCCAUAAACUGGACGAGCUAGACUGUUUAAUCCAGGGUUUGCUGUAUGUUGACUCUGUGGGGUUUAAUGGCCGCCCAGAAUGUUAUUAUUUUGAAAACCCAACUGUACCAGAACAAUGUCAGAAAAAGCCAUAUUGCCUUGAUAACCCUUAUCCGAUGUUGCUGGUUAACAUAGGAUCAGGGGUCAGCAUACUUGCCGUGUAUUCUAAAGACAACUAUAAAAGAGUAACGGGAACGAGUCUUGGUGGAGGCACAUUCCUUGGCCUAUGUUGCUUGCUGACUGGUUGUGAAACGUUUGAAGAAGCUCUGGAAAUGGCAGCCAAAGGAGACAGCACCAAUGUUGAUAAACUGGUGAAAGACAUCUAUGGCGGGGACUAUGAGCGAUUUAGUCUUCAGGGCUCUGCCGUAGCUUCCAGCUUUGGCCACAUGAUGAGUAAGGAGAAGAGAGAUUCUAUUAGUAAAGAGGACUUGGCCAGAGCUACCCUGGUCACCAUUACAAAUAACAUUGGAUCCAUUGCACGCAUGUGUGCAGUCAAUGAGAAUAUCGACCGCGUAUUAUUUGUGGGAAACUUUCUCCGAAUAAACAUGGUUUCCAUGAAACUUCUGUCUUAUGCAAUGGAUUACUGGUCAAAAGGACAACUAAAAGCACUUUUCCUGGAACACGAGGGUUACUUCGGUGCUGUUGGAGCACUGCUGGAGCUGCUUCGGAUGAAUGAUGAUCAGUAAAACCAGCUGCUGAGGAUUGUUGAAGUCUGCUUGAAUGCUAUCAGAGAUAAUCCUUUUUGGGCUUUUGGGAGGUGCAGACAAAGCCAUUACAUAUUUAUAUAAUAGGACUUGUAAAUAAUUCCAAUUUCUCUGAGUGGAUGCUGGGUAUCAAUGUAUAUUGUAAAAAUGUGCAAAAUGGCCAAAUGUACCACAGUGAUCUUUUUUUAACACUAAUUUUAAACUGUGAUUUUUAUUUGAUUUUUUUUAUUUUAAUAUAAUUAUAGUCUUCAACUGCACUUUUAGGUGUAGGCCUGCUGCUUUUUAAAUUUACAAAUUGAGUAUGCUACUAUGGAAGGUGUGUUUUUAUAUUUUUAUUUGUUUUACUCUCCUGUUUUC